GGGGGUGUGUCGUGUGUCCGGCUGGCCCGCCCCGGCGGUGCGGUGAGUCCGUGGGGAGCAGCUUCGCGGAGCCGUGGGCUGAGCAAAACGCCCAGGCGCCGCUGCUGGGGUGCUUCCCUGGGGCUGCGAGGGCUUGAAGAGGGAGGACGGGCUGCUUCCUAACGCAGGAGUUAAUAUAUGGAGACGUGGCUGGCGUUGGAAAGGGCUAGCCCAUUGCCAUAACUUUGUUAGGAUCCCUGGAUCCGGCCGGUUGAGAAUUGUGGCUCUCCUCACCUAAAUCACAUCAUCCCUUCGUCACCUGGUGAAGUCUGGUCGAGUUCUGUUCAUCUAGUGCUGUACUGGGAAUGUCGAGGCUCCUUGAUGGAUUGCUCUGGUAGCCGUCCCCCCUCCCAGUCCCACCAAGGGAUUUGAUGAGAACGGUUUAAGAAAUGGAUCCUGAAGCCCUUAGAAAAUACUCAGCGUUACAUCCUAAACCUGCUGGACUUAUUCUCCAGUAUGGCACCGCUGGAUUUCGCACCAAGGCCGAACAGCUUGAUCACAUCAUGUUCCGCAUGGGCUUGCUGGCAGUUCUCAGGUCCAGAGCCGUGGUAUCUACCAUUGGCGUCAUGGUUACAGCAUCUCACAAUCCUGAAGAAGAUAAUGGCGUAAAGCUGGUUGACCCUCUUGGAGAAAUGCUUCACCCUUCCUGGGAAGAGUAUGCUACACAACUAGCAAAUGCAGAGGAACAAGACUUACCGAGAAUAAUAACUGAGAUCUGCCAAAAAGCAGCAGUGAACCAGCACAAAGAUGCUUCGGUUUUUAUUGGUAGAGACACCAGGCCAAGCAGCAAGAAACUUUCACAGUCAGUAAUAGACGGUAUCUCCGUUCUAGGUGGUCAGUACCACGAUUAUGGUCUGCUGACAACACCACAGCUACAUUACAUGGUCUGCUGUCAAAAUACCCAAGGGCAGUAUGGGAAAGCAACGCUUGAAGGUUAUUAUGAAAAACUAUCCAAAGCUUUUUCGGAACUGAUAAAACAGUCUCCCAGCUCCGGAGAGAGUCAGAGGCACCUGAAGAUUGACUGUGCCAAUGGAAUUGGAGCCCUGAAACUAUCAGAAAUGGAGCCCUACUUACCAGAGGAGGUGCUAAUUCACCUAUAUAAUGAUGGAACCAAGGAGAAACUCAAUCACUUAUGUGGUGCAGAUUUUGUGAAAGUUCACCAGAAACCCCCUAGAGGGCUAGACAUGGAGCCCAAUGAGAGAUGCUGCUCCUUUGAUGGUGAUGCAGAUAGAAUUGUUUAUUACUACAAGGAUGCAACUGGACGUUUUCACCUAAUCGAUGGAGAUAAAAUUGCAACUUUAAUUAGUAUAUUCCUUAAAGAACUUCUUGCCAAGGUGGGACAGACCUUAAGGAUGGCAGUGGUACAAACAGCAUAUGCCAAUGGGAGUUCAACGCGCUACCUUGAGGAAACACUGAAGGUACCUGUGCACUGCGUCAAAACAGGAGUGAAACACUUGCAUCACAAGGCCAAGGAGUUUGAUGUUGGUGUUUAUUUUGAAGCAAACGGACAUGGUACAGUAUUAUUCAGUAAAGCUGCUGAAACUAGAAUAAGACAGCUGGCAAAAGAGGAGAAAGAUGAUGAAAAAAGGAAAGCAGCAAAGAUGCUUGAAAACACGAUUGACCUGGUUAAUCAGACGGUUGGUGACGCUGUCUCAGACAUGCUGGUUAUUGAAGCAAUCCUGGCUUUGAAAGGUCUGAGCGUGCAACAGUGGGAUGCCAUCUACACCGACCUCCCCAAUCGGCUGCUCAAAGUCCAGGUUGCAGACAGGCGAGUUAUUGACACGACGGAUGCAGAAAGGUGUGCAGUUACACCUCCAGGACUACAGGAGAAAAUUGAUGCGCUUGUAAAGAAGUACAAAUUGUCACGAUCAUUUGUCCGCCCGUCAGGAACAGAAGAUGUUGUUAGAAUAUACGCUGAAGCAGACACACAGGAGAACGCAGAUGCCCUCGCCCAUGAAGUAAGCCUGGCUGUUUACCACCUUGCUGGUGGAAAAGGAGCACCACCCCAGCCUCUAUAAGGAAUGAUACAACUGCAGUUAAAAGUUUGUAACUUGACUUAUAUUUUAAUAUUACCUUGUUUACCAUUUGCUAGCGUGGACAUACCCAAACUCCUGAGAGGAACCAAGACUAACCAGAACCGAGCAGAUUAUUGUUCUGCUUAUUCUUUACCUCUUGUAGCAACUUACCUCUUAAUGAGAUGUUCUUGCUGCUGAAUGUUCCCUCCUCCCCCUGCCCCCCCCCAAGGUUGUCAAACUUCUGAAGCUGAAGUGACUUAGAGGCAACUGACUUCUUGACAGUCGGUAGCCUGGUCACAGCCAGAAGGAAUUUUGCCCCUGCCCCCCCAGCUUACUGUCACCUUGUACCUGAAGUCUGACUCCCCCAGCCUCAGUACACUCCCAGUAACUGCAGCACAGCACAGUGCCGCGGAAACAUCCUCCCCACCGCUUCCCCCAGCAACCCCCGUGGCUGUGGGCAAACAGGAUAAGGCAGGGGCUGGCACAGGUCCCCAAAUUCAGGUCACCACAGUUCACAGGGGAAACAAAAUACUGAAAAAGAGCAUUUGCAAAUACUAAUGUAUUAUUGCAAUACUAUCUUCAUUAGAUACUUACAUGAAAUUGAAGUAUUGCUUAGAAACUAAUUAGCAGUAAUAAUAUUUAUAAUCACUUUUAAGAGGGAAGGGACAGAGACAAGUUUGUUUUCUGUGGCCCUUUCUACCCCCCAGCAGUGUGAAGGGGCAGGGCCUAGGGGAUGAAAUGUUUUAAAUACACAAGUGUCCUCUUCCACAUUUUUCAGUUCAGGGUAUCUGUCUCUGACAAAUGUAUUUUUCAUUAUAAUCCUGUAUUAACUCCUGGCAUAAGGGCAUUUUCCAGAUUGCUAAAUCCAAUGGAUAAAAGACAAAAUAAACUGGAAACAAAUUGAAAAAA